AUGACUGCUCGACCAUCUCGUCAGUGUUGUUAUGAUUCAUUAAAAUGGAUUCCAGUCAUAUUUAUACUUGCACUUGUUACAUGGUCUUAUUAUGCUUAUGUUGUUCAAAUGUGUAUUUUGACAAUCGACAGUGUUCCAAAAAAAGGUAAAGAAUUUCAAAUAGUAAAUAUUAUUUUCUACUGGUAUCGAGGCACAAUGAUUUAUUUAUGUAUUUAUCAUCCAUUAUUAAUUCUAUUUUUGUGGUCUUAUUAUCGAACAAUGUUUCAACCUACAGUUGGUCCACCUAAAGAAUUUUAUAUUAGCGAUAUUGAAGGUCAACAAAUAAAAAGUGCACAAACAAUUGAUGAACGACGUGCUAUACUUGUUCGUAUUUCUCGUCAAGCUAAUUUAUCUUUACUAACACGUCAUUUUGAUGGGAGUAUUCGCUAUUGUUUUGUAUGUCAAUGUAUAAAACCAGAUCGAGCUCAUCAUUGUUCAAUAUGUGAAAAAUGUGUUCUUAGAUAUGAUCAUCAUUGUCCAUGGACAAAUAGUUGUGUUUCAUAUGGAAAUUAUAAAUUUUUUGUUUUAUUUCUUUGUUGGGCUUGGAUUUUUUGUACUUAUGUUGCUGCAACUUCACUUGAAUAUUUUAUUCAAUUUUGGAAGAUUGUAUCAAAUAUUGAAAAGAAUGGAGAUAAUAUAGUACCAUCAAGUGGAAAAUUUCAUUUAUUUUUUGUAUUUUUUGUUUCAAUUAUGUUUGGUAUAAGUAUAUCAUCAUUAUUUUUUUAUCAUUUGUAUUUAACGGGAAAAAAUCGAACAACAAUAGAAUCAUUUCGUGCACCUAUAUUUGAAAGUGGACCUCAAAAAGAAGGUUUUAAUUUGGGUUGGAAACGAAAUUUUCAAGAAAUAUUUGGAACAAAAUUUUUUAAAGCAAUCAUACCAAUACCAACAACGGGUGAUGGAGUUCAUUAUCAAGUCAAUAGUAUAUUAUUAGGUGGAUUAGAACAACCAACUACAAACCCAAUACGAUCAAAUGAUAAUGAUAAUAAUAUUAUUUCUCCAUUUAUUCGAAGUGAUGCUGAUAUUUUACCAUUCGAAUAG